ACUUUGCUGUGCAUGACUUUGCGGCUUGAAUAACAAAAAAUAUAUUUUAGUGUGAUAGAGGCGAGUUAAUUUGUGAAUUGUAAUUUCUUUAUUUAACAAUUAAUUAACAAAAAUGCCUGUCGAAAACUUGGAAGAAGAAGGUUUGGAGAAGAACCCAAAGCUCGAAUUAGCACAAUUCAAGUUUCUGUUGUCAUUGCCGGAGCAUAAACAAGAUGCUGCCUUGAAAGCAAAACUACUAGAUGCAGUACGUGCUGACAAUAUGGCUCCUUGGUAUGAACAUAUUUGUUUGGAGCUGAAUUGGCCAGUUGAUAAGGAUCUGCUCGCUCAUAUGCGUGAACAGAACCGUUUAGAAUUAACUAAAUUGGAUGAAGCUAUAGAAGAUGCAGAAAAGAAUUUGGGUGAAAUGGAAGUGCGCGAAGCAAAUUUGAAGAAGUCUGAAUAUUUGUGUCGAAUCGGAGACAAAACUGCUGCCGAAACAGCCUUCCGGAAAACAUAUGAAAAAACGGUUUCGCUUGGACAUCGUUUAGAUAUAAUAUUUCACCUCAUCCGACUUGGUCUUUUCUACCUAGACCAUGAUUUAAUCACACGAAACAUUGAUAAGGCCAAAUACCUUAUUGAAGAAGGUGGCGACUGGGAUCGCCGCAAUCGAUUAAAGGUGUAUCAAGGUAUAUACUCAGUCGCAGUGCGCGAUUUCAAAGCUGCUGCUAAUUUCUUCUUGGAUACAGUAAGCACAUUCACCUCCUAUGAACUGAUGGAUUACCCAACCUUUGUACGUUAUACCGUGUACGUAGCAAUGAUUUCUCUACCACGCAAUGAAUUGCGGGACAAAGUUGUCAAAGGCGCAGAAAUUCAGGAAGUAUUGCAUGGCCUACCAGAUGUAAAAGAAUAUCUUUUCGCGCUAUACAACUGUCAUUAUGCCGAAUUCUUCAAACAUUUGGCUGAUGUAGAACUAGUAUUACGCAGUGACUACCUAGCAUAUCCUCACUAUCGCUAUUAUGUGCGUGAAAUGCGUAUCCUAGCAUACACGCAGUUGCUUGAGUCCUAUCGUUCGUUAACAUUGCAGUACAUGGCUGAGGCAUUCGGAGUGGAUGUAGAUUAUAUUGAUCAAGAAUUGUCACGAUUCAUUGCUGCUGGGCGGCUGCACGCAAAGGUGGACCGUGUCGGUGGCAUCGUCGAAACUAAUCGUCCCGAUAACAAGAACUGGCAAUAUCAGGCCACAAUCAAGCAGGGUGAUCUGUUGCUGAAUCGUAUUCAGAAACUGAGUCGCGUAAUAAAUAUUUAAAUUUGAUAAUUGAUGGUAUCAUUUAUAGUAAACAGAUUUGUAUAAAUAGAAAUGUGAAAUAAAAACAAAUCGAUUCCCCAAA